AAGCAACGAGCAAAGUACCCGUGCAAAAAUAUGUCUAGAGCCUAGACUCUAAAUUCUAUGACUAGAGUUGUCAGUGAUAUUUCAUUCAUAUCAUUUCCGUCAUGUCCGUGUGAUCAAUUCAGCAUGUUCAGGAAAAUAUUCGAAAUUCACCGCAUUGAUCAGCAUAAAACGAUUGUUAAUUCAACCCACUACAUGCACUUCAAACCUGCGGCUGCCCGUUGUGUUUUCCCGUCAUUGUAGUGGGCAUGCCGUCACUAGUUUCGUUCUGAUUUUUUUAGUUCAACAAUCGAAAGCAGGUGAUGUGCAGGGAUGCUCACUCUGUCAAAGAAGCGAAAGGAGGAUGCAGCGCGUCGGGCCAACAACUCAUUGUCGUCGCCGCAGACAUCAGACAACUCCAAGAGAGCGUCCGUCCGGGACAUGCUGCUCAAUAAAGAAGUGCCCGAAAUGGACGUAAACCUCCCGUCUUCCUGUACUGUGGAUUUUGAGGACCCAAACAAGCUCCACUCCUUUAAACUCAUCGUGACACCAGAGGAGGGCUACUGGCGAGGGGGGCGGUUCGUCUUCAGUAUCCAUGUCCCAGAAGAAUACAAUAUAGUGCCUCCUACUGUGAAGUGUCUCACAAGAAUAUGGCAUCCCAACAUAUCAGAAGAUGGAAACAUUUGCCUUAGUAUACUCAGGGAGCAUUCAGUGGACGGUACUGGCUGGGCCCCAACAAGACGAAUGAAGGAUGUCGCCUGGGGUCUGAGUUUUCUCUUCUCGGACUUGCUAAACUUUGACGACCCAUUGAACAUUGAGGCCGCCGAACACUACCAACGCAAUAGAAGUGACUUUGAAGCCAAAGUGCGACAUUACGUAGAGCGGUAUGCCAAGAGCUGAUAGAUAACGUCCAUCCCGAGGAGGAUUUUUUUUGGUGUCAGAAGUGGGAUAAAGCAGUGAAUGGCAUUUCUGAGCUGCUCCAGUCUGGAUUCCGAGCAGCAGGUUGGAGAAAGAGGAGUUAGCCAUGCAUCCUCUGUUCCUGACGAUCAAACAAUUUACUAAUAUUUAAGAAUCUACUCAAUCAGCUAAUACCAUGCGAGGCCACAGCAACCUUCCUUCUCGAGCUUGCCUGCUCUUCUGUGAUUAGCCCCUUCGAGUUGAGAACCGAAGACAGGUUGGAGCGGAACGUCAUCACAAGAACCUGAUGAUGCAGUUGAAAAUGUGAUUGAUUGGUUUGGGACACAAGCAAGUUAUGGACCAGAUUGACUGAGAACUAGAAGAUUCGUGUAACAAUUGAAGACACUUGAAGAAGCAAGGCAGCUACAUGUAGGUGUGGAGUUGAAGAUUUGAAUUCUUGGUUGGGGGCGUGUCAAGCGUAUCGGUGUACACAAUGGAGUGAGCAUUGGACGAGACUUAUUUCAGUGAGACCAGAGUAGAUAGCUCACAUAUCUGGAAUAAGUAUUUUUUUAUAGAGCUAUGUCAAAUUACUAGAGGGCAUUCAUGUUUGUGCACAAACGUAUGGAACACUUGAAGGCUUUAGUACAGGUAUUUGCCGAUCUGCGUUUGUAUUCUAUACCCGUACGUAAAUGAAGCCAUCAAAUUUCAAGAUGUUCGACGAUCACGCAUGCUGAUUCAAAACAUCUGUGCCUAGGGCACCUUUGAAAGUAUCCUCCGCAAUGAUUGAGAAGUCAGUGCUCUAAGUAAUUGAGUGUAACUCUAUGGUAUUUCCCUGACCAGUGUCUGCCACUCACAAAACACAUAUCCAUGGAGUCAUUGAUACAAACAGGUAAAAUAUCCAUACACCUGCACGGUGUACAUGUACAUGUACUUAUAGAGAAUAGGCGCUGCUCUUAUAGGCACUUCUCCAAGCAAACUAAAUUUUUAAUGUACAUGUACCUCAACACUUGAAAAUCCUAGAAAAUGGUUGAACGGUAAGAUUGGGUUAUCACAACGAUACAUUCAUGCAAACUGAAAUGUAUGCGGGAGCUGAAAAUUCAGUAGUCUAUGGAAAAGCCACUUUCACACAAGCGUCUAUGACAUUCGCGCAGAUUCGGCGGUUAAUUAUAAAGCAAAACAAGACUGCGCCUUAACAUCAGAUUCUGACCCUUCUAUCGGGAGUUCCGUUAACCCAUUGCCGUAUUACAAAAACAUGGCAUCCAUAUUGACCUAUCAACAGCUUAGUCCACAUUUCUGAUUGAAAUGACAUCACAGUUUCUAAAUUCUAACUCCAAUUGGCUGUUGUGCGGGGUCGCAUAAAAUUUGCGUGUUAGGAUAUCAGACGUUCGUACCGUACAUUCUCUCUGCACACGUGAAUGUCUGAUCGUCAGACUUAAACUUACUUUGAACAUUUUACUUUAGAUUUGAGUGAACACCCACAACUCCCGAAUCUGUAUAUUACACUUUUUAGUGACCUGAAUAUUAUACUCCUUAUUGUUUCUGUUAGUGGUCUGAAAAUGAAUAGCAAGAACAUGGACAAAUUUAAUAGUACAUGAAGCUGAAC